AUGUUAAAGAAGUUAACGAAGAUAAAAACCGAAGUAUACGCUUUAGGUCAACAUAUAUCUAUGUCUGCUCACAAAGCAAGAAGAGUGGUUGAUCAAAUUCGUGGACGGUCAUACGAAGAAACACUUAUGAUACUAGAACUCAUGCCUUAUCGCGCAUGUUAUCCCAUUUUGAAAUUGGUUUACUCUGCAGCAGCAAAUGCUAAUUACAAUAUGGAUUCCAACGAAUCCAAUUUAGUUAUUAGUAAAGCUGAAGUCAGCGAGGGUACUGCCACGAAAAAAUUAAAACCUCGAGCUCGAGGGCGUAGUUUUACGAUAAAAAGACCUACUUGCCAUAUAGCUAUUGUAGUGAAAGAUAUAUCAUUAGAUGAAUAUCAAUAUCUAGGGGUAGACUUUAUAGACUCUUUCAGAUGCUCAAAAAAACUUCAAUCAAAAAAGAAGUAUACAGCUAUGUCAUAUCAUGAUAUGUAUACUAAUGGGGGGAUAUGGGACAAAAAAUAA